AUGAUUGAAAGAAAAUCUAUUUAUAGACCAGAGCUGAACCACAAGGACUCUGCUCAGGAGAGUGUCAUUAAACGAGAUAUCCAUCGUACAUAUCCAGCACAUGAUUACUUCAAAGAUACAGAAGGAGAUGGUCAGGAAUCUCUGUACAAAAUCUGUAAGGCCUACUCUGUGUAUGAUGAGGACAUUGGCUACUGCCAGGGACAGUCUUUCCUUGCAGCUGUGCUUCUACUUCAUAUGCCAGAGGAACAGGCAUUCUGUGUAUUUGUGAAAAUAAUGUAUGACUAUGGCUUGAGGGACCUCUACAGAAAUAACUUCGAAGAUCUCCAUUGCAAAUUCUUCCAGCUGGAGAAGUUAAUGCAGGAGCAGUUGCCAGACCUGCACAGCCAUUUCUCAGACCUCAAUCUGGAAGCUCAUAUGUAUGCAUCCCAGUGGUUCCUCACUCUCUUCACUGCCAAGUUUCCACUCUGCAUGGUCUUCCACAUCAUUGACUUACUACUUUGUGAGGGUAUGAACAUAAUCUUCCACGUAGCUUUGGCUCUCUUAAAG